CUUUGGCAAACGGAGGGCAGCGCUUACGGUGCGGCUUAGGACGGCGGAGGGGGAGGAGGAUGUCCGUUUUGUGGGAGAAGAGCGCGACAUGGCGGUGGCUGGUGCAGAGGACCCGUGACUCGAAGCCCUUCUUCUUCACCUUCGCCACGGUGUGCGGGAUCGUCCCCGGCGUCAUCGGCUACUGCGUCAUGCAGCUCACCAGCUCCCGCAACGAGCAGCUCGAGGCCCACCUUCGCCAGACCGCCCGCCCCGAAUCGACCAUGAUGGGGCAAGUCAACCGAGAGAGGCUGGCCGAGUUUCUGGGCGAGCUGCAACGCAAGGAGGACACAAAUGACCGAUACGUAGCUGCUCUGCGAGGGGAAACCCUGACUAGGAAGCCCUAUGUUCGGAUUCAACCAGUGCCAAAGGAGAACAGUGAAGAAAGUAACAAGGAGACCAGCAAAGAAAAGUAGUAGUUAAAAUGUUGGUUCAAGUUCUCGCUUUGGUACGGUCCUUCUGAGGACCAACUCCUUUCUGAAUUCACUUCAGUGAUAGAUUUUCUUUUGCAAGAAACACUGGCUUGAAUGGUUGUGUUGGUUUAUUUUGUAUAAAUCGAAUCAUGGUGACCUUCCAUGCUGAA